AUGAUUGACAUUCAUAUCGCUGGCUUACUUGGUACGAAGAAAUUGCAGGAAGAGGAUUACGUGGAGCUACGAUCGCUGGUCGAGUCCAUCACUGGUCACGUGCAGAAUUUGAAAUUCCUCAACCAGCAGUUCACCGGAGUAUCGGAGCUAAUCGUCGUUCAUCUGAUCGCUCGUGCGUUGGAUGCUACAACAAAGAAGCAGUGGGAGUCCACCAUCAAGCGAGGAGAGCUUCCUACCUACGAGAACACCAUCCAAUUUUUGAAGGACCACGUCUCAGUUCUGGAGAGAUGCCAUGGUUCAUGUGAAGAAUUCGGAUUCCAACGACCGACAACGAAGCAAGUCACAGGAAAACAAAGCAUUCCAAGAGUCAACACAGCAACAACGACGAAUCAGCGAUGUGAAAUGUGUAGAGAAAGUCAUCCAACAUUCAAGUGUUCGUGGUUCAACAGCCUCACUGUAAGUGACCGGCUGUCCAAAGUCAAGGAGAAGAAUGUAUGCUUCAACUGCUUGAGGAGUGGACACAGCGUGAAGAAUUGCCCUUCGAAGAAAUCGUGCUUCAAGUGCAACAAGAGACAUCAUACGAUGCUCCAUUUGGAGAGCCGUACCAGUUUACCGCGGCAUUCUAGUGAAUAUAUUGCAAAGAAGUGCCCCCCAGCGAUGCCGAAUCUUGUGGUUGUGGGAUCAAGCAAGGUUGCAGAAUCCAGCGUGAAAGCUGAUAACCAGCUAUCGGUAACAGCAGCACACUCCAACAACCCAAAGAAUCCAGCGAGUCAGGUGGUGUUGCUAACUGCCCUCGUUGAUGUUUUCGAUCAUCAGCAACGUCAUCGCGUAUGCAAAGCUCUGCUAGACUGCGGUUCCCAGGUGAGUUUUAUAACCCAAUCAUUCGUCACCUCACUUGGCAUCGAUGUGGAAGAAGUAAGUGUCGCGAUAACAGGCAUAGGCAGUGUAAGGUCUACAAUUAAGCAAAAAUGUUCCGUACACGUCCAUUCAAAAUGCAGUGAUUAUUCCUUCAUCGUGAAUUGCUUGGUUUCACCGAAAAUUACCAGUCACGUUCCAUCGGUGCGAAUAAAUUUAGAAAAUUGGGAACUUCCUCAAGGUCUACAACUGGCUGAUCCAUCCUUCCAUGAGCCCAGUGAAGUCGAUAUGCUAAUUGGAAUGGAUUGGUUUUACGACAUUAUGAAGCAAGGGUGUUUGAAACUGAGCGACGACCUUCCUAGCCUUCACAACUCCCAACUGGGAUGGUUAGUGGGAGGCAAGCUACGCGAAAAUUCCUCUUCCUAUCUUGUGAUGCAUUCAUGUGCUGUGAGUGUUGAUCCAGUCGAGAAGCUUAACCAGAAAUUUCGGGAAGUGAAAAGCGUGUCACCAGAAAUUGUUCCAUCGAGCGAGGAGCAAUGUGAAACACAGUUUGCUGCAACCCUUCCAUUGAAAGACAACGCUUUCCAGCUGGUAGAUUUUCGAAUAGAUCAGAACCCUGCGGAUACCAUAUCGCGAGGACAAUCUGCUACAGAAUUAGGUGAAAAUAAUAUUCGCUGGAUUGUACCACACGUUUUGCAAAAAGUCAACUACCAAGUAGAAACACCAGUCACACUAACGGAUAGUGAAUUUCCUGAGCUGAAAGACCAGUAUGAUGUCUUCCUCAACAAGUACGAGGAACUCGGACAUUGUCGCGAAAUUGACGAGCGCAAUGGUCCCUCUGAGUUGUUAAAGUUUAUUCCCCACCAAGCUGUUCAACACCAAGAAUUUGCGAAGGAGAUCGAGUGUAUCGUGUCAGAAGAGUCCAACCACCAAAACCUUAACAAUUCGAGGCCGUUUCUAGACAAGGGUCUGCUACAAGUAGGUGAUCGAAUCAGCAAUUCUCAGCUACCAUUCGAAAUGAAACAUCCACUAAGAACGAUUCUUCCCAAAGAGUGUAUGAGCUGGAGUAAAGAGUGUGAAAAUAAUUUUGAAGAAGUGUACUAUUCAACGUCAUUACCAUUAUUUGAGUUAUCCACCCAGUUAUACCAUAUCGAAGUUAAGAAUAGUGGAUAUCCAAAGAUGACCAAUACACAAACUUGCACCUUUGCCUAUAGCCAAUAA